CUGGACGCCCAAACCCACAGGACGGCUCAGGUGAGUGUGGGGCGAGGGCUGCCAGGACCACCCCCUUGUCCUGGCCUCCAAGUGGCUGCGGCCGCGGUGAGGGGACAACAGGCAGGAAAAGCCAGGACCCCGUCCUGGUGAGAGAGGGUCAGAGUCCCAGAUUCCCACGGGUAUCUUGGUGUUCCCCAGUGCCGGGAAGGAGACCCCACAUGCAGAGGGGCGGUGGGAGGGAAGGAGGCUUCUGCCCAGCUGUGGGUUGGUCCCCCCUACUGGGGAGGCCCACCAGCCUCGUCUGUUACGGGGGUGCAUGAGGCUGCUGUGUGGACCCCUGGGAGGAGAGCCAAGAGUGUGAGAGGCCUUAGAGCUGUUUUCUGCUUGUGUAGGGUUGGGGGGGGGGGCGGGGGGGGGCAGGCUGCUAGGGAUUUGGAGAGCAGAAGCUCUCUUUCUUGGUGCCCCCUCAGAGGUCCCUAUCUGCCCAGUGGAACCAGAGAUCUGAUCACCCCCCACCCCGGCACCAAGACUCCUGGUUGGCCUGGGAUAAUCCGUCACCCAUCUUACAGGUGGCAAAACAGAGGCUCAGCGAGGGAAGGGGAACUGCCCAAGUCACAGAGCAAAUCCAUGGCUAAGCCGGGGUGAACCGGAACUCGGCUCCCUUGCUCCUGAAGCAAGGCUGAUGUUCUUACAUGUUCUUGGGUUUUUCUUUUCUUCUUCUUCUUUUUUUCCCCUAAAUGACAAUAGUCAUUUCUGAUCACUGAGAAAAAUUAGGAACAUACGGCAAGGCCAAGGAAGAAAAUAAACCCCACCCAUUUUGCAGCUGGCACCUGCUUCUCUGUCCCACACGUGGGGUUAGUCCCUCUGUGCUGAGACCCUCACACCUGCACACUGGAGACACUGGGGAUUCCCAAGCACAUGGGGCACACGCUGGCCACCCAGCUCUCCCAUUCACCAGCACCCCUUCUCCUGCCACCACCAGGUCCCUGGGCAAGGAGUCUUCCAGAGGGAGUCUUCCUGAAGUUCAGGCUCAGAGGCAGCCGCGAUGGGCACUGGCGGCCCCCGGCGGGGCGCGGGCCCCCCAGACGGCGGCUGGGGCUGGGCGGUGCUGGGCGCCUGCUUCGUGAUCACCGGUUUCGCCUACGGCUUCCCCAAGGCGGUGAGCGUCUUCUUCCGCGCCCUUAUGCGCGACUUCGGCGCGGGCUACAGCGACACGGCCUGGGUGUCCUCCAUCAUGCUCGCCAUGCUCUACGGCACGGGUCCGGUCUCCAGCAUCCUCGUGACCCGCUUUGGCUGUCGCCCGGUGAUGCUGGUGGGUGGGCUAUUGGCCUCGGCGGGCAUGGUGCUAGCAUCCUUCGCCACGCGCCUCCUGGAGCUAUACCUGACGGCUGGGGUGCUCACAGGCCUGGGCCUGGCCCUCAACUUCCAGCCGUCGCUCAUCAUGCUGGGGCUGUACUUCGAGCGGCGGCGGCCCCUAGCCAACGGGCUGGCGGCGGCGGGCAGCCCCGUGUUCCUGUCGGCGCUGUCGCCGCUCGGCCAACAGCUGCUCGAGCACUUCGGCUGGCGCGGCGGCUUCUUGCUGCUCGGCGGCCUCCUGCUGCACUGCUGCGCUUGCGGCGCCGUCAUGCGGCCGCCGCCGGGACCCGGCCCGCGGCCGCGCGGCGACAGCGCGGACGACGCUCCUGGGGAGGCGGAAGCGGACCGCGCCGGGCUGCGCCUGCGCGAGGCGCCCCCUGGCGGCCGGACCCGCCGCCGCCUGCUGGACGUGGCCGUGUGCGCCGACCGCGCCUUCGGGGUGUACGCCGUCACCAAGUUCCUGAUGGCCCUCGGCCUCUUCGUGCCCGCCAUCCUGUUGGUGAACUACGCCAAGGACGCGGGCGUGCCGGACGCCGACGCCGCCUUCCUGCUGUCCAUCGUGGGCUUCGUAGACAUCGUGGCGCGGCCAGCGUGCGGCGCCCUGGCGGGCCUGGCGCGCUUACGACCUCACGUCGCCUACCUCUUCAGCCUGGCCCUGAUGGCCAAUGGCCUCACGGACCUGAGCAGCGCGCGCGCGCGCUCCUACGGCGCCCUUGUCGCCUUCUGCGUCGCCUUCGGCCUCUCGUACGGCAUGGUGGGCGCGCUGCAGUUCGAGGUGCUCAUGGCAGCCGUGGGGUCGCACCGCUUUCCCAGUGCUCUGGGCCUGGUGCUGCUCGUCGAGGCCGUGGCUGUGCUCAUUGGACCCCCCUCUGCCGGCCGCCUGGUGGACGCCCUGAAGAACUACGAGAUCAUCUUCUACCUGGCCGGCUCUGAGGUGGCCCUGGCUGGGAUCUUCAUGGCUGUGGCCACCAAGUGUUGCCUGCGCCGCUCUAAGGACACCCCGCCCAGCCAAGGCGCCCAGGGCGGGGCCAGCGACACUGAGGACGCUGAGGCCCAAGAGGACGCUGAGGCCCUGCCCGCCGGCGCUGAGGAGCCCGGCAGCCUCCAGGCCCUGGAGGCGCCAAGCCCCGGGGCUGGGCCGGGGGAACCAAAGGCGGAGGCAGAGCUGGGCGUGGACCCCGAGUCUGUAUAGCUCGGGCGGCACUAGGCGAGGUGGCUGGUGACUUUGGAAACGGGGCCGACCCUCUCAGAGCCCUGGCUGUCCCGAGGGGGCCUGGAGUACUGCAGGCUGCUCUGCAGAGGUCGCCCCUGGGGUCCUGGGCGGGCCGCCUCCCUCGUCUGCGCAGCAGGCCGUGGCCAGGCCCUGCCCUCGCUCAGCGGCUGUGCACCGCCAGGGGCGGGGCCUGCGUGAAACUCAAGUGCAUAAAGCUCCGCCGCGA